AUGCCUAAUUUGGAUCAUAUGCCAGAAUGUGAUCCAGACUACAAUGUCACUCUCACUCCGGAUAUGUAUUGCGAUAUGCGUCAAGCAAUGUCCAUGACGCAUAACAUGGACACAUCCAUGGUCCCAGAGCAUUUGAAUAAUAGCAAUGGUUCUUUGCCAACCAGUCCUACGGCCGGUUCACGGCCUUCAUUCUAUAUAGAAAGCAGCCGACAUACAUUCACAGUAACAACCAACGUGGAUAAUAGGUAUCCAAUGUACCCAGGAAUGCCCUGUCAAAGUAAUACAGCUUCGAUGCAGCCGCCACUCACCCCACAGGAACAAACUGUUCCCUCACACCAGCAUCAGCAUCAGCAACAACUUUGCAAGUCAAAUUCUCUUCCACUACAGUACUACGAGUGUGACCAGUACAAUAAUCAGCAAACUAUGGACUAUGAUGACGGAUAUUACCAAUAA